CCCUCUUCCGCGUUCUCAGGCUCCGCUUCUUCCUCACUCCCGUCUGUCUUGCUGGUGCAAAUCAAGGAUGAACGAGCUCCUAGUUAAGGUCGCACAGGCCGUUCACGUGCUGAAUCACGAUGCACAGUCCUCUAACCGCGUAGCUGCAAAUCAAUGGCUUGUCCAGUUCCAGAAGACUGAAGCCGCAUGGGAGAUCGCCACCUCCCUUCUCACCUCAUCCAGCGAUCCCAUAAUAUCCUCCAACUUCGAGGUCGAAUUUUUCGCUGCACAAAUCCUCCGCCGUAAGAUCCAGAAGGAGGGCUACCACCUCCAGCUCGGUGCCAAAGGUUCUUUGCUCAAUUCCCUUCUCCUCGCUGCCCGCAGAUUCAGCUUGGGUCCGCCACAGCUUCUAACUCAGAUAUGCCUCGCGCUCUCUGCACUCGUUUUACGAGCGGUGGAGCACAAGAUGCCUAUCGAGCAGUUCUUUUCCAGCUUGAACAAGUUGCAGAGCCAGGAAAACGGCAAUACUGCUGUUCUGGAGAUGCUUACUGUACUUCCAGAAGAAGUUGUUGAGGACAAAAGUGGAGAUUGCAGGAUUGAUGCGAGGAGCCGAUGCCAAUUCACUAGAGAGCUUUUGUCGCACACUCCCAACGUGCUGGAAUUUCUUUUGCUUCAGUCUGAACAGAGCCUGGAGAACGGUCUUCGGCUUGAAGAGAAGAACAAGAAGAUAUUGCGAUGCUUGUUGAGCUGGGUUCGUGUUGGCUGUUUCUCAGAGAUUCAUCCAUCCGCUUUGCCGACGCAUCCACUUUUGAACUUCGUCUUUAACUCUUUGCAAGUUUCAACUUCAUUUGAUGUCUCCAUUGAGGUUCUUAUCGAGCUUGUUUGCAGGUAUGAGGGUUUGCCACAAGUUUUGCUAUCGAGGAUACGGUAUAUGAAGGAAAUACUUUUACUUCCAGCUCUUAAGAGCAGAGAUGAAAAAGUAAUUGGUGGUUUUGCAUGUUUGAUGUCUGAAGUUGGGCAGGCUGCUCCAGCUAUGAUUGCAGAAGCCAGCCCUGAAGCUCUUAUGCUUGCAGAUGCUCUAUUGAGUUGCGUUUCCUUCCCGAGUGAGGACUGGGAAAUUCCAGAUUCAACCCUGCAAUUUUGGUGUAGUCUAGCAAGUUAUCUUUUUGGCUUGGAUUUGGGCAAGGCAGAAAGCACAAAAGUUGUUCUAGAAGUAUUUUCUACUAUAUUCUUAACAUUACUUGAUUCACUUCUAUUGCGUGCUCAGGUUUCACUCUUCCUCUCUUGGUAUCCUCAAGUUGAUGAUACCGUAUGCAUUGUAAACAAUGGAGCAUUUAUCAUUCCAGAUGGACUCAUUCAAUUUCGCACAAAUUUGGAGGAACUUCUUGUAGAUAUCUGUCAACUUUUGGGUCCAUCCAUCUAUGUGCAGAAGCUUUUGAAUGACAGAUGGACCACUUCAAAUUCAUCAAUUCCUUGGGUGGAUGUGGAGACGAGAUUGUUUGCGCUUAAUCUGGUCUCUGAAACAGUUAUGCAAGAUGGUCCUCCACCUUCUUUUUCAAUAAUUAUGCAGCUAGUGACAAUUCUCUGUAGUACCUCUCCUGGAGAACUCAAGGGUUUGUUGCCUUUUGUCUAUAAAUCUUUGGCCGAUGUUGUUGGCUCUUAUUCGAGAUGGAUAUCACUGGUCCCAGAUAACAUCAGGACUCUAUUAAUUUUUUGUGCCUCUGGGAUUAAGGAAUCGAUAUGCACAACUGCUUGCUCAUCAGCACUACGCAAACUUUGUGAAGGUUGUCCUAGUAUGAUUCAUGAACCUCAAAAUUUGGAGGUUCUUAUAUGGAUCGGAGAGGAUUUUGAGAAGGGGAUAUUGUCAUUUGAGGAGGAGGCUGAGCUUGUUAGUGCUAUAACAUUCACUCUUAAUUCUGUUCCAAACAAACAGUUGAGAAAGAGCUCAUUGGCAAGGCUGCUUUCUUCGAGCUAUGGUGCCAUUGAGAAACUCAUUGAUGCAGAGGAUCCACAUUCUUUAGUUCGAAAUCCUGCUGCUUAUACCCUUACUAUGAGCUUUGCCAUUAGGGCCCUGUACAGGAUUGGAGUAAUUCUUCGCCAUCUAGGCAUUUCUUGCUCAAGUGACCAGGCUGACGAUGGCACGACUUUAGUGCUUUUGGGGAUGUUAUGGCCGCUGCUUGAAAAUCUCUUCAGCUCUCCUCAUAUGGAGAAUGGUAGUUUGUCAGCAGCGGCAUGCCGUGCUCUUUCUGAGGCAAUCCAUUCUUCUGGACAGCACUAUCAUUUGUUACUGCCAAAAAUACUUGACUGUUUAUCUGCCAAUUUCCUUUUAUUUCAGAACCAUGAGUGCUAUAUAAGAACAGCUGCUGUUGUCAUUGAAGAAUUUGGUUAUAGAGAAGAAUAUGGAACGUUAUGCAUUAACACUUUUGAGAGGUUUACGUCAGCAGCUUCAGUAACCGCUUUGAAUUCUUCAUACAUAUGUGAUCAAGAGCCUGAUCUGGCGGAAGCCUACACUAACUUUGUGUCUUCUUUUAUUCGCUUUUGUCCCAAGGAUGUUGUAGCUUGUUCUGGCUCCCUGCUUGAAAUAUCUUUCCAAAAGGCUACUAUAUGUUGUACAGCCUUGCACCGAGGAGCUGCUUUGGCUGCCAUGUCAUGCAUGUCUUGCUUCUUAGAGACGUGUCUUUCUUCUCUGCUGCAAUCUUCUGCUUCCGUUAGUGAAGGAUCUCUAAGCGCUGUAAUGAUCCAUGUUUUAUCUAGAAGUGGUGAAGGACUUGUAUCUAACGUUAUAUGUACUCUGCUUGGUGUUUCAGCAAUGUCCAGGGUACAUAAAUCUGCAACCAUUCUUCAGCAGCUGGCAGCAGUUUGUUGUCUCAGUGAACGAACGUCGUUAAUGGCAGUCCUUUCUUGGAACUCUUUAUGCGGAUGGUUACAUUCAACAGUCCAAACUCUCCCCCCAGAGUAUCUCAGACUAGGAGAAGCUGAAACCCUAAUACCACUGUGGCUGAAUGCUCUGGCAAGCGCAGCAUCAGAUUAUCUUGCAAGCAAAACUUCUGAUGAUGCCCUGAUAGAUCAUGGCCACAUGCAGGGACAGGGUGGAAGAACACUGAAACGUAUCAUCAGAGAUUUUGCCGAUUCCCGUCGCAAUUUUUCGGAACCAUCCUAAUCCACCCUUCAUUAUCUGCAAUUCUAACCUCAUCUUUUCUUAUUAUUGCAUUAUUCUGGCUCAAAUUUUUGGAGCAAAGCAGCUGUUCUUCCUGGAGGGUUGUUUAUGUAAAGCUAGUUUGUUGCUUCACAAUUUGUUUAAUAAGGUGGACAUUGUAGAUAUAUGGUUCUCAUCCUGUUGCUUAGAAGUCACGCCAAGAUGAGAGCUCAAGAGAAAUGGAGCCACCAAAUGAGGAGGUUAUAGAGAUUGUUGAGCAAGUAACGAUCUUACCUGCACAAUUUGUCUAAUUAAUGAGUAUUACUAAAGAAAUUUUUGUAAGACACCUUGUGUCAAUGCCAUCUGCUAUUUUCUGCGAUUUACUGUAUGAAUUGCAAUCCAAAUACGGUUUGCAUGGAUCUUUGCAAUUUACAUCCCGAGAAGUCCAGCCAUCACGCUUUUCAUUAUUUCUCACAAUGAGUUCAUUCGUGCUGCUCUG